GCGUGCGAAGCGAGGCGCAAAGCAGGCGAGAGCGCCAACGAGGGCGUCUAAGAAGAGCACGCGGACACCAGGGAGGCAGCUGUAGAAGCUAGUGAGAUCGUAUGGAUUGGAAGGCAAGAGGCGCGCCGUGUAGGCGGCAGCGGAAAGGGCCGAGCGGGGCGCCUGCACAGCAGCGCAAAAAGUCAACGCAGCCAAAUUCGACGUCGAAGAAGAGGUCUUCGAGUCCACAAGCGGCGGCGAGCGCGCUGCAAGGUAUGGACGGGCUGCAAUUUGACCUCGAGGACGACGACGACGAAGAGGAGGACAUCGACGAGUGGCUUGAUGCGUCAGUGCAAGGUCAAUACGAGCGCAUCCGCCAAAGGCUGAUGGCUCACGUCGUGACUGGACCCCCUGCUCAGGGUGAAUCGUCCUCGCCUCCCGCACCCCCUCCACAUAAGCCCAGAUGGCGGCGACGACUGCGGCGGCGGCGACCACCUCGCUCGUUCUCCGACAAGCAAGGGAAAAGGCAAGCAGCGCGAUGCCGACCCCUCACCAGCGCCGCCUAUCCUCCGCGUGCGACCGCGCACAACUCAUUGGCACUUUGUUGACGAGGAGGAUCUAAAGCUUGAGCGGGAGCUCGCCAUUGAGGAGGCGCGCGAGGAAGGCUGGGAGUGGUGGUGCCCGGACGAGCUCAUCGAUCUCCAGCCGCGGGGCAAUGCAGAUCUCGCCAAUAAGGACGGAGAAACGUCGCGGGAAGCGCAGGACGAGCUCUUGGUGCAAGCUCUCCUCGCAAAGGACGUCAACAUGGCUCUCGACGACGACGAGGCCCCUCCUUCCGCGCUGGACGACGCGCUUCUCUUCGCCCCAAAAGAUGGCGACGACCUCCCCUGCCUGGACA